AUGUCGACUUGGUACGGUGCCCACACAGGACAAGAAUGGCCCCGAGACAUUGGCCGUAACCUUGCCCGAGAUCCAUUAGAGAUGGCUGGUCAACCUGGAAUUCUUCCAGUCGCCGAGCUUCCUGUCGGUGCUGGAGGUGGACGACCCCAAGCUGUGCGUGCUGCUGCACCUCAUGUCGCCGCUGGAGCCCAUCGAGCCCGUGAUGGAGUCGCCGCUGGCGAAGCCCCUGCAGCAGCAGAAGUCGGCGGCCAGCGACCUGCUCUCGGAAAUAGGCUCGGCGCACACGGCGAUCGAGGGCAUGCUGCUCUCCAACAUGGAGAAGAACGUAGAGAAGAACGCCAGAAGGUGUUUGAGGGAGACGAUAACGAGAAAUUCGAGAAGAACUGGCUGUACUGGACAGGAGCGCGAAUGCUGUACCGGUACCUCCCCAAGUCAGUCGGACUGCGUAGGAUUACUUUGCACAAAUCGUUGUCCAGUGGUGAUAAAAUGUACCUGCUUAUGUGUGAAUGUUCCAACUUCAUGGACAAUUUAUCAGCUGCAGCCAUUCUCUUGCCGGCGCUACGAGCGCGACUGUGUGGAUACACCGGACUGUACCGCACCACCGCCUCCUUCUAAAUUCGGGGUUGGAGGCCCUGCUGACUCAAAGCUGAAAGUUUGGAAUUCCCAUCUCAGAACUGUUGACUCGGAGCAGGUAUAAGGACCAAGAGUUCUAUAAUUUAUUGGUGCCUGGAGGAACCACAGCUCUGGAAUGUAAAAUAAUAUCUUCUCUUCCCUGGGAUGAGAAGACUUGAGAGUGCACAAUACUUUAAUACAGUAUAAUACCAAAGAACGAUGAAUAUUAGCUAAGGAUGAGCCAAAGAGCCAACCAUUUUUCACACUUAGAAAAAUUUAGAUGCAAAUAUAGCAGCUUUUCAUUUCUUAUAUUAAAAAUAGAGAACAAGUGAGAAGCACAAACUUUAAGCAGAGCCCAAGGCCUGAUGUAGAAUGUUUACCAGAAAUAAAUCAUUAUCAGUUUAACACUUUAUCUGCAGAUACCAUGCCCAAUAUUCAAGAUACUUUAUGGGAAUCUACAAUUCAAUCAAAAAAGAUUAAACAGGGUAGAACGCUUCUAAAUGAAGGUAUCAAUUAAUGGAAAUUUUAAUGAACAUUUUAACCCCAAUUUUAAAUCUCUCCCCACAAAAUUGUACUUUCCGUAAAGUCAAUUCAAAAAUAACAUAUUAAAGAUGAAAUUCUUGCAAGAUUUUAUUGAUCUUAAAAUAAUAUAAUAUAUUUUGCAAUUUUAACUUACUCAAUUGAUCUACACAUUUUUAAUGAAAUCAAACUGUUUUAUUGAAUUAAUGCAAUUUGUAUCAUCACUUGUUUGUUGGGCACCAUUCACAGAUAAAUCAAAAUUAUCCCACCUUUUACUAAUUCAAGAAGAAUUACAUUAUCACUUAUAUAUUUGUUCUUAAGUGCAAAUUAUCUGCUUCCCACUUAAUCUAAGUUUUUAACAUAGAAUAACAUACAAAAAAAUACAAGACACUAUAGCAUUACACUUAGUGAAUUCCAUGUAAAGCACUAGAAAUAUCCAGUAGUGGCCUAGAAAUUUUCAAUACAUCAGUUUUAUAAUUCACCGCUCUGUGGAGCCGUCAGUUGCACAAAAUGCAACAGGCAAAACUUAGGGAAAAGACGCUUUAAAAAAAUGUAACCAAGGGCCUGUUCACAUCAGCUUCAAUAUAAUAGCAGCAGUCCAUUUACAAAUCGGCAGUUUCUUUUCCAUUUGAUCUUGCAUCGUAAUGGUAAUAUUUUUGGCAGUUGUGGUUCCUAAAGUAAUAAUAAUAGGUCACUGCUUUGUUGAUAAUGCUUGUGAAUAAAAUGACAAUGUGUCAUUGCCCUUUGAAACAACACUAGAGAACUGUUUGGACUGACCAUGAUGUUCCUAAACCAUUUCAUUCUUGAAAUCCAACAUAAUUGCUUUUUCUGCCUAAGCAGGUAGCACUCUUAUUUCAGAGUGGCUAUUAGCAGCCUUUACAAACCAAUAAAAUGUAAUUUAACUUCACGAAAUAUAUUAUCUUCUCCCAAAAACUUCUGUAAAGACAUUUUUUACUGAAAUUUGCUUCAUUCCAAAAUGUCUCUUUGAAAGUAAUUUAAUACAGAGAUUAAAAUAAUAAGUAGAAAAUUGAGUUCAACAUUUAACAUGGUCAACACAUUGGAUAGAUACGGUAUUGAAUCAAACAUGACUGAAUGAAUGGGUAAAUGUUCUGAGAAACUCAAUUCUAAGGUGAUGAAUUCAUUUCGGUAGCUUGUAACAUUCUAAUAUUGGAAAUGAAUGGCAAACAUCUGAACUGAAGAUAAAAAUAUUCAAAAUUAAAUUUCUGUUUUUCACAACAAAAAGAUUACUUACUCAACCAUCAACAUGCUAUUUUCUUCAUUCCUCUGAUGAUAUAUUUUCAAUGAUUGUCAAUUCAGACUAUUGUAAACAACAGUUGGAGACCGUCCCACUACAGUAAUGUACACUUGCUCACCACUGUCAAUGUUCACGAGUGAAAAAGGGCGAGUCAUCUCCCGACAACUUCAGUGCCAACUUCUCAAUGAGAGUUUUACUGUCCUUGCACUUUUACAAUUUUAUUCCAAUGAGUGAGAUACCAGCAAUAUUGUUACAGUAUUUUAUCAUACAUUAAAGUAUGUAAAGAGACUUUCUUCUAUUGCU